CCUCUGUCUCUCUCUUCAGACUCACUCUUUCUCGGGCGCGCGGCUUUGCUUUCUUCUCAAAAAAUAAAAACAGGGAAAGAAAGUACCGGGGUGCUUGCUUAUGUAACGCGUCUCGUGACUUUCGAGACCUCCACGGCGAGGGCCAAAGCGCUUUCGAAAGGCCGCGUAGUGCCCAUGCCCAUCCCGACAGACCAGAGUCAGCACAGAGACAGUCGUGAUGCUCGUGCGAGUACGCUCCAAGGACGGCAUCUUUCGGUUCCCGCUCGAGCCGACCGACGAUGCGGCCAAGCUCGUUGACAAGGUACUCGAGAGCACCAGCAAUGCCGACCCGGCGACACUGACGCUGUCGAACCAGCCGCGGGGCGGCGAGAUGGACGCAAACGGGCUCAGGGGCAACACCCUCGCGGACCUCGGCAUCUCACACGGACACCUCCUCUAUGCCGCAUACAAGGAGCUGCCCUCGGCUGCCUCGACGUCGGCAAGCGCCGCCCCAACACCCCCACCACAGAGCACACCUGCCGUGGCGUCGCGGCCGGAGCCAACAGCCAAGGCAAAGGCAAAGGCGCGCAUUCAGGUCGACGAGGACGCCGUCGACAAGUACUGGGACGGUCGCGAUGGCAAAAUUCCCCGGCCGCGGGAUGCCAAGUUCUGCCGACACGGCGACAAGGCCAUGUGUGACUACUGCAUGCCCCUCGAGCCAUACGACACAAACUACCACGCCGAGCACAGCAUCAAGCACCUCUCCUUCCACGCCCACCUCCGCAAGCUCGACACAUCGGCCAACUACCUGCCGCUGCAGGAGGAGGACUAUACGGUCAAGGUGCCCUGCCCCUCGGGCCAGCAUCCACCGUGGCCUGCAGGCAUCUGCACGAAGUGCCAGCCAUCGGCCAUCACGCUCCAGCGCCAGCCGUACCGCAUGGUCGACCACGUCGAGUUUGCCCACCCGAGUCUGAUCGAGGACCUGCUCUCGUUCUGGCGCGCCACGGGCACCCAGCGCUUUGGCUUUCUACUCGGCCGCUACGAGCCAUACGACAAGGUGCCGAUGGGCAUCAAGGCCGUCGUCGACGCCAUCUCGGAGCCGCCGCAGGAAGGGGACGCCGACGGCCUCACCCUCGGCGUGCCCUGGCAGGACUCGAGCCGGAUCGAGCGCCUGGCCCGCUACUGCGGCAUGGCCGUCAUCGGCAUGAUCUACACCGACCUGAGCCCGCAGGAUCCCACGUUCACCGACCCCGAGGCAGCAGGAAAGGUGCUCUGCAAGCGCCACCAGCACAGCUUCUUUCUCUCGGGUUGCGAGGUCCUCUUUGCGGCCGCACUGCAGCGCGCCAACCCAUCGCCAAGCCGGCACAGCCCGACGGGCCGCUUCAACAGCAAGUUUGUCACCUGCGUCCUCACGGGCACCGACGAGGGCGCCAUCGACGUGAGCGCCUACCAGAUCAGCGAGCAGGGCAUGGCCAUGACGCAGGCCGACAUGAUCGAGGCCAGCGUCAGCCCCAGCACGAUCCGCGUCCGGCCCAGCGAGGGCAGCCGGUACGUGCCCGAAGUCUUUUACCGGUACAAGAACGAGUACAAGAUCGAGGUCAAGGAGAGUGCCAAGCCCACGUUUCCCGUCGAGUACCUCCUCGUCACGGCCACCAAUGGUUUUCCCAACGUGCCCUCGCCCCGCUUCCUCUCGACGCGCUUUCCCACCGAGAACCGGCCGGGGUUGCACGACCAGAGCCUCGAACGGGCCCUGUCGGCGAUUGCCAACCUCGAGGGCGAGAAGCUGGUGGGCACGCUCAGCGACUGGCACCUCGUCUGCUUCCUCGACACGUGCGGCUACCUCGACGACGGCGACAUCCAGGCCCUGUGCAAGGUCGCCGUCUCGCACGACGCCGGCGUCGACCUCGCCAGCCUCGAGGCCCGGACGGGCUGGCAGACGCUGGCGGCCAUUGCGCGCGAGCAUGCACCCCAGCAGCCGCGUGCAUCCUCCCCGGGCGGAGCAACGACGAUGGCCGAGAUGAUGGGCGGUGGUGGCAGCUCCUCUGCCUCUUCGACGAUGGGCACGGGCGCCUAUGCGGGCAAGGGCGGCGACAAGAGCAGCGCGUCUCAGUCUCAAUCUCAGUCUCAGUCUCAGUCCCAGUCUCAGUCCCAGUCUCAGUCCCAGUCUCCGUCUCGGUCUCAAUCUCGAUCUCAGUCUCAGUCACAGACACAGCCGCGCGGCACAUCCGCCAGCGAUCCUAUUCUCUACACGGGCUCCGACGACGAGGAGCAAGACGACUACGAGGAAGAGGACGAAGAGGAGGAAGAGGACGACGACAUGUUUGAAGAUGCCGGCGCAGACUCGCCCGCUCCCUCGCACGAUGUCUCGGGCGCGGCAUCGCCCCUAGCCCCUGCCCCUGCCCCUGCCCCUGCUGCCAGCGCGACCAAGACGUGUCCGCACUGCACCUUCGACAACGCCGCUGGGGCGACGGACUGCGACGUGUGCGGCCUGCCCCUGUAGAAUAAGAAAUAGCCUGACUAGACGCGCGCCCAAUAAAACCCACGUG